AUGGACGACGACGAGGACGUUGUAAUGGGAGAGCCCAGAAAACUGUCGCUCCCCUCGCACAAUAAUUAUCUUGCAGGUCUGACGACUCAGCAAACAGUGAAUUCUCAUGGGUCAGAUCCCAUUUUGACUCCAUCCUUGCUCCCUUCUAUUGUGAAAUCUCCGUCCUCUGGCGACAAUUCUGUUCAUGGAGGCAAGGGCCUACCGGAAGGCGUGGUCAAAUUGAGCGACUCAGAAAGUACUUCCGCUGAGCAUUACCUUCCUAGCAACGACAGUGUCAUAGAGCAAAACUCAGACUGGUCGGACGAAGAAGAGACUGAUUCAGGUCUCCCUCUCGGCUCCAUGGCAACCGGCCUCUGCUACGACGUGCGAAUGCGCUAUCAUUGUGAGGUCCGUCCUCUCUCGGACUUGCACCCCGAAGACCCUCGCCGAAUCUAUUUCAUCUACAAAGAGCUUUGCAAGGCAGGACUUGUUGAUGAUCCGGACUCGACUCGUCCCCUCGCUCCCCAGACCCUUCAGCGUAUCCCGAUCCGAAGUGCCACCCAGGAAGAAAUUAGACUCAUUCACUCGGAGCCUCACUGGGAGUUUAUUGAGAGCACUCAAAGAAUGUCCGACGACACGUUGGUGGAGUUGGAGCACAGCCGUGACUCCAUCUACUUUAACCGACUCACAUUCGACGCGUCUUUGCUGUCGACCGGCGGUGCCAUUGAAACCUGUCUGGCCGUAGCUGAGCGCAAGGUCAAGAAUGCCAUCGCCGUGAUUCGGCCACCAGGCCACCACGCGGAGGACGAUGCUGCCAUGGGAUUUUGCAUCUUCAACAACGUUUCAGUCGCAGCCCGUGUUUGCCAAAACAAGCUUGGAGAUUCCUGCCGCAAAAUCAUGAUCCUCGACUGGAAUGGAAUCCAGAAGGCAUUUUAUGAAGACCCGAACAUACUCUACAUCUCGAUUCAUGUCCACGCCGGGGGUAAAUUCUACCCUGGCGGAGAUGCUGGGAACUGGGAUCAUUGUGGCGCGGGGCCAGGUGUUGGCAGGAACGUCAAUAUUCCGUGGCCAGACCACGGCAUGGGUGAUGGCGACUACAUGUUUGCCUUCCAGACGGUCGUUAUGCCAAUUGCCCAAGAGUUUAAUCCCGACUUGGUUAUCAUUGCGGCCGGAUUCGAUGCCGCCGCGGGUGAUUUGCUCGGGGGCUGCUUCGUCACACCAGCAUGCUAUGCCCAAAUGACUCAUAUGCUCAUGGUUCUCGCCAACGGAAAGCUUGCAGUCUGCUUAGAGGGAGGAUAUAACUUCCGCUCCAUCUCCAAAUCCGCCCUGGCAGUUACCAAAACUCUCAUGGGGGAACCUCCGGACCGUCUCCUUGCCUGCUCCCCUUCUGAAGCGGCUGUCGACACAGUCCGCCGAGUGAAGAGCAUCCAGGCUCACCACUGGCAUUGCAUGUUUCCAAAGCCUUCCCAGCAUCCUGCCUAUGCAACCCAACUCCAUGAUAUGAUACGUGACAUCCAGGCCAAGCAGCUAUACGAUAAGUUUAAGCUCACUCCGCUCCACAUCUAUCGCACUGGCCUCUCCAAGUCCUUCACGAAUAUGGUCCUGGCUAGCCCCAACUUCCACGAAGAUGUGCCAACAAUCAUAAUUUUCCAUGAUCCCCCCGAAAUUAUUGGGAUGCCUCAUCCGGUGACUAGCAAAAUUGAAGCUCACAACUGCUGGCUAGCCGAUGCAUUGAAAGACUACAUCCAGUGGGUUCUUGACCAAGGGUAUGCGCUACUCGACGUAAACGUUCCAAAGCACAUCACCAAAGACACGGAGUCGGCACGUCCCCAGUAUAUCGAGGAAGAUGAAGACCGCCCUCAUGCCACCGAGGAACUCGCAGCAUACCUGUGGGAUAACUACAUUGCACCACGCAACGGAAAAGAGAUUAUCUUCAUCGGUAUUGGCAGCGCUUUCCAUGGCGUGACCCAAUUGCUUAUGCAGAGAGAAAAUCUGUAUCAUCGGAUCGACUCCCUCAUUUCAUUUGUUGCGCAAAACCCCGUGCGGGCCGUCUCAUCCACCACUCAGACCUGGCUCUCCAAGUGGUACCACGAUAACUCCUUGGUUUUCAUCUCGCACAAUCACGGGGUGUGGGACCGCAAGCCAUCCAAGCGUUACGGAACUCUGCGCCAGUCCCCGAAAACCGAUCUGAACGAAAUGCUUGCCGAUCACAAGGAGGAGGUGUUCCAGUACAUCACUGAUCGGAUUCACGUGGAGACUGACGAGACUGAAGAAGAGGCGGAGGAGGCGGAUACCGAGAUGAACCAGUAA